UAUAAAAAUCCAUUAAGAAUUUGUUAUUUUGUCGUAACGUUUAAUUAUUGUAUGAAAAUUUAAUGUACGAUUUAGAUAUACCCCGUUGAUUAGAAAUUUUUUUUUUGCGAUGAUUUGUUAUUAAAUACGUCGCACAUCUAUCGAAACAGUCAAAGUGCAGAUUGUGAUAAAAUCGAUACCAACACACCUUCAAGGUAUGUCAACAAUUACGCAGAGUUGAAAAUUAAAUGACCUUUCGAGGAUCUUCGAUAGAGAGCCAGCCACGUGCUUCGCUUAAUUAGCAACUAAUUUUAUCCAAAAGGUCAUCAUAGAGAUGACAAAUAUUUGGUUUUUGUGUGUCGCGCGUAUAGUUUGUGGUGCGCGUAUACUUUUUAAAGAGAAACUAGUUAUAAUGGCGCACAUGCCGCCGUUGUCAGGGGAACCAAUUAUGAUAACAUAGAGGCAGCAUAUUUAUUCCAUUUCAGUUUGCGUUGUGUAUUUUGAAGAAGAGAACAUAUCGAGGCACAACAAUCAUGAAGGAAAAUAUGAAGUUCAUCGUAACAGGAGUGAACAAAUUGUUAGGACGUAAUUACAACAUUAUUUAUUUCAAUUCUUUGAGUCCGGAGGAAUUGUUACAAGUAUUGAGGGACGUGUUAAUCAAAAUACAGGAUCAAAAUGAUGCUAAUGUCGACGCGAAAAACGAGACCCCUGAAGAGACUGCCAUUAAUAUUUUGUUCGCUCUUCGUGUACUUAAUUAUCAACCACAAACAGAUCCUACAAGUUUUCGGCAAGGCCUCGUUCGGGGUGAUCUUGAAACGAUCCAUCCUAUCCUAACUUGGCUUUUGUCCCAUGUAGACACCGUUCGAAAAAGAGCCUAUUUAUCUCGCUUCCUGGUGAAGGUGGAGGUUCCUGCCGAGUAUUUGAGCGAUCCGGAGGUUUCCUCUUUGUACGAACAAUACAAUGCUUUGAUCGAUCGGUUCAAAACCGUUCACAAGGAAAGGGAGAUAGGGAAGAAGAAUUUUGAAAACGCCAGUGAACUUACCGCUGAUCUGAAAACUAUGGAAAAAGAAAAAGAGGCGGUGAUAAUACGUAUUGAUAAAAUGAAGGCGAAAGCAGAAACGGGGGUUCAUUUAUUAGACGCUGCAAAAGCACUGCGCGUAGAAAGAGAUAAAGAACGUGAUCUUGCGUUGCAGGAAGAACAGGAGAAAGAAUUUAUAUCCCGGUUACAGAUUUCUCUCCAAAGAUUGGAACGAGAAUUGGAAAUUUUAAAAAGGGACGAGAGCGAAGUUACAGCGCAAACAUUGUUGCAACAGUUGUCCGAAGUAGUCACCGUUCAGAGUAUAAUUACAAAUGAAAAGCAACCAGCAGAAUUGAGCGCGAAGAAAAAUCGUAUGAAAGCUUUAACCGCGGUAAAGCAGUAUUCAUAUUUAGGUCCAGAGCAAAUAACUUUUUUAAGAAACAAAUUAGAUGUCAUAGCAAAAGAGAUCCAAGAUUUGGUAGAGCUCAAGAUUUCAAACAGCAGUAUUGACAAAAUGGAACCGUUUCGGCAACAAGCAGCUGCUGUUGCUAACAUUAAAAAAAAUGCGCUGGAACGAUUGGAGAAAACUGAGAACUCUUUGCAAGAAUUACAAACGAAAUUGGAAGAAAAACGCGAGCUAUCUAAAAUGGCUCUAGGAGAUAUGGCGCCGAAAGGAGAUGAAUUGAAGAAAUAUAUAAAUCGUUUAAAAACUAGGAGUACGCUUUAUAAGCACUGUAAAGGCGAGUUGGCGUGGCUCAACGCGGAAAAUAGUGUUCUUUAUCGAACAACGGCCAUUUUGGAAAAUCAGCUUAACCAAACGAAGCAAAUAUUAGAGUCAACCAAGGAAAACAUUCUGGAUGAUGAUUUUACCGAGGAAAAUGCAUCCUCCACGAAUCUUCAAUUGUCGCGAGAUAUUUCCUCUCUUCGAGCGAAAUUGGUUCCAUUGAUAAAUGAAGUUGAAACGUUACGAGGAAAAUCGCGAGAAUUUGAGCAACAGCACGAAAAAGCUGAAAAGGCUCACAGUGAUAUAGAAUCAAGUAUGAGUGCGUCGAUUGAUAAUUUGCAAUCCGAGAUAGAAAAUUUGAAAGUGAAAAUGGAAAAGGAUACUAAAGAAAAGGAGAGAUUAGAGAAACUUGUAAUUAGAAUGAAAACUAUCGACGAGAAAAUAAAACGUGAUACGGAGGACCCCAGUGUUUCCAAUCCUGGUAAAAAUCUCAAGGAGGAAUUAAAUGCUGCUAUACGGGCAGAGGAAACCAAAAUAAAAAAUUUGACGUUAGAAAGAGAACAAUUAAAGGAAAGUAGUACGAUACAGGAAAAGCAAGCGCAGAUGUGGAAUGACAUUUUGUCGCUGUUUAAAUGUAAGAUAAAAUAUGCCGAGGAAAGCAAGCAAUCAAAUGGUAUCGUUGUUCGGCGAGGAGGUGCAGAAACCCUGGUUCUACAGUAACAAUUGUUAUUUUCUGAAAUUUUUGGAGUAGAAACUAAAUAA